AUGUGGGAUCCUUCUGAAGCGCUGAUUGCUCCAAGUGUUGAGUCAUACGAAUUUCAGACCAAACCUUAUUUCUUCCACUCCCCCUCCCACCUCUCAUCUGAAAAUGAUUCUUCCAAUGAAAAUCCCCCUGUUUCUGAAACCAGCUUAACCCAGGCACAGAAGAAAGACAUCGAUGAACCAAAGGAAAAAGAGAUCUCCAUUGAUGUCGAAGACAUCAACAACAAAGAGCUCCGUCAGCGGAUAGAGAGGUAUUUCAAGGGGGAUGAAGAGGCGCUGCCGUCGAUCAUGGAAGCGAUCCUCACCAGAAGGUUACGUGGGAAUCACGAGGAGACCGACGACGGAUUGAUGGAGGAGCUUCGGCAGAAGUCUCUGGAUGAUGUUAAGGACAAAGAGUUCGAAUCGGAUUUUGAGGAGCUGUAUGACACCGAUGAAGAGAUUGACAAUGUGUACAAUGCGAGGCAGAUCGUCGAGAAGAGAAUGGUAAAGGAUGAGUACUUUAACAUGGAUGAUCGCAAAGAAGGGUACCUCAAGGAUGCUAAGGAGUGUGAGGAGAUUCUUGAGGAUAUGCUCAGCUGGGAUAUGCUCCUCCCCGGUUUGAGCAUCGGGAAGAUAAUAGAAAUUAGAAAGGAUUGUUUAAGGACUCUAAUUGCCCUGAUUGAGGAAGCUGCAAAAGCAGAUAAGCUGGUGGAGACUCCAGCUCCUUCUGUCAAGGAAAGCCUCGGAGCCAAUUCAGAGUUUAUGCAGAGGUGA